AUGGAUCUGUGGCGCGUUGACCUGCAAACUGGGGCGCACGAAGAAUGGAUUGAUGCACGUUUGCUGCAAGGCGAAAGCCUCAACGUCGCCGAACUGACUGAUGCUGAACGCGCUGAACGAGAGCGACGUCGCCAGUUCAACCAUGGCUUUACCGAAUUCAGCUGGCACCCCGACAGCGACGUUUUGCUUGCUCCCAUGAAUGGUCAGGCUCUAUUUAUCGACGUAUCGAAACCUGCAAUCAACAGCGUUGUGAUGACACCUGAAGAUAAACGCCAGAGUGCUUUUCAGAUUUCUCCAGACGGGUGCUGGCUGAGCUUUGUGCAGAACGGUGAUCUGUUUGUUUUACCCCUGGAUCCGGAACAGCCAUUAGCUAAAUCCAGCAGCGGCGUGCGUCAGAUUACUGCGGAUGCUAGCCCUACCUUAAGCAACGGUCUACCGGACUUUCUAGCCGCUGAAGAGAUGCACCGUUUCCGUGGCCAUUGGUUCUGCCCUAACAGUCGUUUUAUGGUGUAUUGCAAGGUUGAUGAAUCGACCGUAGCGAUAAGCUACCGUCUGGAAAUGCAGGCUGAUGGCGCGCAAACCAUUCAACAGCGUUACCCUUACGCCGGCGCCGACAACCCCAGAGUCAGUUUGUGGAUGUUCGAUCUGCAAGACAGCAGCAACCGGUGUAUCUGGCAGGACAGCACAGAAAUUGACAACGAUGAUGCUUACCUCGCCCGAGUACAGGUAAAAGCUCACGGUGUGUACAUUCAGACCCAGGACAGACGCCAGCAGACCCUGAGCCUGAAACACCUGGACUUGAACAGCGACGAUACCCAAUGGCAGCUGCUGCACAAAGAAAGCAGCUCAAGCUGGAUCAAUCUGAAUGACGAUCUGACUAUCAUUGAACCGAACCGGAUUCUGAUCAGCAGCGAAUCCAGCGGCACCAAUCAGUUAUAUUUACUCGACGGUGCAGGCGAGUGUAUUGAACUGGCCUGCCCGACACAUAUCAAUGGUAUACGGCACAUCUGUGACGAUCGCGUAUUCGUUUCCGGUUGGGACCAGACACCCAUUGAAAAUCAUCUUUUUGAAAUUUCACUGGCCGGCGACCCAUGGCGCCAGAUAACCACACAGGAGGGUUGGCAUGACGUUGUGAUUGCGCCGGACGCCAACACCUUCAUUGAUCGAUACAGCCAUGAAAGUCUGCCCCCAAGCAUUGAUCUGCGUGACAUUGAAGGUGGCCCGGGAAAAGUGUUGUGGACGGAGGCAUUUGGUUCUACACACCCCUACCACCCAUUCCUGCCGAUGCAUGCGACCGCAGAUUUCGGCAGUGUGACUGCAGAUGAUGGCCAAGAGAUAUUUUAUAGGCUGACACCGCCGUCAGAAAUAUCCGGCCAGCACGCCACUGUCGUUUAUGUUUAUGGUGGCCCGGGUCCGCAGAAAGCAAAACGCGAAUGGAGUCCGUUAACUGUACAGCUGUUUGCCCAGAAUGGCUUUGCGGUUUUGGAAAUCGAUAAUCGCGGCAGCGGCAAUCGCGGCAUCAAUUUUGAGUCACCUAUCUAUCGCAACAUGGGUCACGUCGAAGUGCAGGAUCAGGUGACAGGUUUGCAGGCCUUGAAAAAACACGCCUGGGCUGAUUUGAAUCGCGUGGGGAUUUUUGGCCAUAGCUACGGCGGCUAUAUGACCCUUAUGAGCUUAAGUCUGGCCCCACAACACUUCGCGGCUGGCGUAGCCGUCGCGCCGGUUUGUGAUUGGCGGCUGUACGACACACAUUACACCGAACGCUACAUGGGUUUACCUGCUGAAAAUGAACAGGGAUACGCCAACGCCAACGUUUUGUCUCACAUUGAUGCGCUGAGCGCCCCGCUGCUGUUAAUGCACGGCAUGGCUGACGAUAACGUGCUGUUCACCAACAGCACCCAGAUCAUGGCCAGGUUGCAACACCUGGGCAAACCUUUUGACUUGAUGACCUACCCAGGCGCAAAACACUCUAUGCAGGAGCAGGAUGUAUCUAUUCACCGGUUCAACAUGAUUCUCGGGAAUGACAUUGUUGUCAGAGCGGCUGGCGUUUCAGACCUCACCUUCAUCGUUGCCAGCAAUCGCGCGAUGGCAGCUGAGACUGAAGUUUUUAUCUGGUCGCGGAAAACCGCGGCGAACUUGCGGGCACGCUGA